AUCUUGUUUCUGACUUGCCUGUCUCUAUACGUUUUAAAUAUAUAUUAUAAAUAAACAGUUAAAUUAUUCACAUUUACACAUACAAUAAAUUUCCAUGAUAAUAAUAGUUUUCAUUUGCAUAAUAAUUGUUUUCAUGCUACAAACUCAAAUCUUCUAUCCAUCCCCACUAGGCCAUCGGAGCUUUUCCUUACCUAAUAAAAUGGAUUUGGUUCUUGAUUUCCUAUCUAGUGUCACUUCAGUAGCACUCUUUUCAAUAUUCUUGUUUUCUUUUUUGUUUCUUUAUCGUUCCUACAAAGUUUCCCAUAGCAAAGAGGCUCCUAUAGUUCAAGGGGCAUGGCCAAUACUUGGUCACCUCCCACUAUUAAGAUCUUCACAAUCACCUCAUAGAACCUUAGGUGCAUUGGCUGAUAAAUAUGGACCCUUGUUCACUAUUAAGCUUGGUUCCAAACGUGCUUUGGUUGUUAGCAAUUGGGAAAUGGCAAAGGAAUGUUUCACAAAAAUUGACUUGGCAAUAUCCAAUCGCCCUAAACUUGAAGCAACUCAACAUUUGGGUUACAAUGGUGCCAUGUUUGCGUUAGCACCCUAUGGUUCUUGUUGGCGCCAAGUAAGGAAGAUUGCAACUUCAGAGAUCCUCAGCCAUAGGCAUGUCGAACAACAACAAUAUUUUCAUACCUCAGAAGUUCAGGCGUGGAUUAAAGAGCUCUUCAAUGUUUGGUUUAGUAAAAAGAACGAGUCAUCAAACUACGCGUUGGUGGAGUUAAAGCAAUGGUUUACUCAAUUAAGUUUCAACAUUGUUCUUCCAGUGCUGGUUGGGAAACGAUAUUUUGGUGCUACGAAUGUGGCGAACGAGGAAGAAGCGCAAAGAUGUAUAAAAGCUUUACAAGAGUUGAUGCGAUUGUUAGGGGUGUUCACAAUAGGAGAUGCCAUUCCUUUUCUAAAAUGGUUUGAUUUUGGUGGCCAUGUGAAGGCCAUGAAAGCAACUUCUAAAGAAUUGGACAAGAUUUUAGGUGAGUUGUUGGAAGAGCGCCGCCAUAAAAGGAGUUUGAGUAAGAAGAUUGAUCAUGAUCAUCAAGACUUCAUGGAUGCCUUGCUUUCAUUGCUUGAUGAAACACCAAUUGAAGGGUGUGAUUCUGAUACUACAAUCAAAGCGACAAUAUUGACACUAAUCGGGGGAGGAAUUGAAACAACUAGCGUUACCCUUACAUGGGCAAUAUGUUUGUUGCUUAGAAAUCCUCUAAUAUUGAAAAAAGCAAAAGAAGAACUUGAUGCUCAAGUUGGAAAAGAGAGGUGUGUAAGAAAGUCAGAUAUAGACAAGUUGGUGUACCUUCAAGCCAUAGUCAAAGAAACACUAAGAUUAUAUCCACCUGGCCCUUUAUCUGUGCCUCGUGAAUUCUCAGAGAAUUGUAAUUUAGGUGGAUAUGAUGUAAGAAAUGGAACACGAUUAAUUUUGAAUCUUUGGAAGAUUCACACUGAUCCUAAUGUUUGGUCAGAUCCAUUAGUAUUCAAACCGGAGAGGUUUCUUACAACGCAUAAAGAUAUUGAUUUUAGAGGUAAUCAUUUUGAGCUAUUACCAUUUGGAGGUGGUAGAAGGAUUUGUCCCGGAAUAUCAUUAGGGCUUCAAAUGCUGCAUUUAACUUUGGCUAGUUUUUUGCAUUCCUUUGAAAUCUUAAAUCCAUCAAGUGAACCUAUUGAUAUGAAUGAAACUUUUGGAUUAAGCAACACCAAAACAACUCCUCUUGAGAUUCUUAUAAAGCCACGUUUGUCUUCGAAUUGUUAUGAAAUUAUGUGACUUUGUGUUAGCAUUAUAUUUAUAAUAUUUUGUGUUUUGAAACUUUGUAAUCCUUUGAGACUCAUACUGUGUUAGUUGUGUAAUCCUUUGUGAUAUUUGGUGUACUUCAUUGUUGAUAUGUAAUAUAAUUUGGAUUAAUGUGAAAGUUGUUGAA